AUGAACGUGAGCAAGUGGUCCGAACGGUUGGAAAGGUGUAUGUGGUCCUUUCUACUAGCAUGCGGCACAUUUCCAUUGCGAUUUGAUGCCGCCGGACCGGGACGAUUCUUCACCAGCCGCAAACGUGCGCUGUACUGCAUCGGAAUAACCGUGGUGUAUGCCGUCCUUAGUCCUGCCCUAAUGUAUCUCAUUUACGAGCAUGAACGGAUGGCAAACCUGGUUUACCUGGUGAGCAUGCUGAACGCGGCGCAGCUAAGCUUCAUCUAUCUGUUCAUGAUCGUGGUCAACGUGAGGAUGCUAAGCAAAGCGCAGGGUCUCGCCUCAACGCUGAAUGCAUUGUUCGCGAUACGCAAUACCAUCCUGCAGCAGUGGCACUGUCGUGUCCUGAGCCGGGAGUACGGCAAACUGCUUCUUUACAAAGUUCUUGCGAUCGAUAUGGCACUGUUGCUCUUUUCGCUGAUCAUGUACUACGUCACGCAGGAUGAAGUUCCCACCGGAGCGGAAGUGGUGGUGGGUGUAACCUUUUCCGUGUUUCGGUACGUAUUCACGGCGCUGGUAAACCUAUACUUGGUGGGGCUGAUGAUCGUGAGCUUCAUUCAAGCAUCGAUCAACGCGAAGCUGACGAGCCUGGUCGAUCGGUCGGAGGAACAAAAGACAUCAACGAUACGCGAGGUGUACAUGGUGCACUGUGAAAACGCACAGCUGGAGAAACAGUUUAUGGCGAUCAUGGAUCUGCCGGUGCUGCUUCUCAACGGUUGGUACUUCUACAUGAUCGUGGUGUCGGUUUAUUACAUGUACACCUCAACGAUGCUGGAAGUGAGGCGCGGGUUUGGCGUAGAGGACAUUGCGAAGUACUUCAACUCGGUAACAUUUUUCCUCUAUCUGGCCGUUCAGCUGUACUACAUGAUGUCGAUACCGUCACAGUAUACGGAACGAUCGAAGAAAAUGCUGUCCAUUCUGGGCGCCAUAAAUCACCGCUCAUAGGGACGUCGAAAGGAGCGUAUGCUCGACUUUAUAACGCUGGACUACAUGCAGCGGGACUACGAUGUCCGGAACUACGGACUGUAUGACAUUAAUCGAGCUCUUCUGUUUGGGGUAAGAAGCCGCCGGGAUUGAAAUGGCGAAGGAAUAUUGUUGUUGACGGAAUACGCUUCCUUUUCUAGACGAUAGCAACCGUGACGAGUUACGUGAUCAUACUGGUACAGUUCCACAUGCAGCAGUAUGGGUAGGGCGAAGGGCCGCACCAUGGAAAGCCAUUAGUCACCGACGACGGCACGCCGUUACAGAUGCGCAUGAACGCAAAGAAUAGGAACGAAAACGGAAGGGAAAGGGAAGGGAAGCGAACAGCAAAACACUUUCUUACACGCACCGCACUGCUGCCCCUUAACGACCAUUAUCAACGGGCAUGGACGCAAAAUCAUGCGCGUUUGUUUGUUUCGGAUGAUGUC